AUGGAUUAUUGGGAAAUAUGCAAAGCUCGUUGCUUCAAGAAUGUCAACAUGAAUAGCUUGGAUUGUCAGUAUCGAGCUAACAAAAAAGCAUGGAUGACUAGUGUGCUUUUUGAUGAAUAUGUUCGUUCAUUUGACCAAAUGAUGCAUGGUAGAAGAGUUCUACUUGUGGUGGAUAAUUGUCCAGCACAUCCAAGAAAUAUUGAAGGGCUAAGAAACGUUGAGUUGUUCUUCUUGCCACCCAACAUGACAUCAAAGAUUCAACCUUGCGAUGCUGGGAUAAUAAGAGCUUUCAAGAUGCAUUACCGUAGAAGGUUUUACCGCAAAAUAUUGGAAGCUAGUGACGUUGUAGGAAAUUUGGAUGAAUCCACUUUUGAUGAAGAAACUCAAGACCUCCAGACUAUGAUCAAUCAACGUGGCUAUCGUAAUAAGAUGGAUAUCGACAAUCUAAUGAACUACCCAGGUGAAAAUGAAGCAUGUUCGGAGGUUCGGAGUUUAGAAGAUAUUGUGCGUACUAUCAUUGAGAACAAUGCAGAGGAUGACGACGAAGAUGAUACGGUGUCUUUGGAGCCUGUUACGCGAAAGGAAGCAUUUAUGGCGUCGAACACUCUUCACAACUUUAUGAUACAAUACAAAAAUACAACACCUCAGCUAUUGGAUGCAAUAAGAAAAGUUAGAGAUGAGCUCUAA